UGCUUGGCAGGGCUGAGCCUCUGCGCGUAAACCCCGGGCGCGUGCAGCCGCCUCCGGGCCCCGCCCCCGCGUCUCUUCCUCUGCCCGGCGCUGACGCCGGCCCUCGCCGCCAGUCGUUGACAGCCGCCGAGUUGCGAGCUUCUUCUCUCCCGCAGAGGCAGGCUUUGCUUUUCGCCGUCUCGACUGUCCCUGUGGAAGGAGAGAACUCGGCCGUCGGGGGGACUCCGAGAGCGGGGAUCAGGGCCGGGCAGCGCCCCUCGGAGAACCACAUUCCUCCGCUGGGACUCCUGAAUAUAUUUGAAAACUGAACAGUUUCAGCCAAGCCGAAGCAUUCUGUCUUCCCAGGGACACAAAUCCAACUUAGCUGAGCCAAAGCAGAUGACACAAUUUUGGAUGAUUUUCCUGGAUUUUCCAGAUAGAAAAUCAUACCUGGGACUUCCCUGGUGGUGCAGUGGUUAAGAAUCUGUCUGCCAGUGCAGGGGACACGGGUUCGAGCCCUGGUCCAGGAAGCUCCCACAUGCCGCGGAGCAACUAAGCCCGUGCACCACAACUACUGAGCCUGAGCUCUAGAACCUGCAAGCCACAACUACUGAAGCCCGUGUGCCACAGCUACUGAAGCCUGCACACCUAGAGUCCGUGCUCCGCAGCAAGAGAAGCCACCGCAAUGAGAAGCCCACACACCGCAACGAAGAAUAGCCCCUGCUUGCCACAACUAGAGAAAGCCCGCACACAGCAACAAAGACCCAACGCAACCAAAAAUAAAAUAAAUAAAUUUAAAAAAAAAAAGAAAAGGGCUUCCCUGGUGGCGCAGUGGUUGAGAGUCCGCCUGCCGAUGCAGGGGACACGGGAUCGUGCCCCGGUCCAGGAAGAUCCCACAUGCCGCGGAGCGGCUGGGCCCGUGAGCCAUGGCCGCAGAGCCUGCGCGUCCGGAGCCUGUGCUCCGCAACGGGAGAGGCCACAACAGUGAGAGGCCCGCGUACGGCAAAAAAAAAAAAAAAGAAAAAGAAAAUCAUACCUGGCUAGAACCUCCAUAACAGUCUAAAAUAGCAGCAAUUGCUUGCAUUCUUGUCUUGUUCAUUAUAUUAAGGAGAAUGCCUUUCCUCUUUCAGUUAAGAUAAGUCAUCAUGGUGAAAAGCCACAUAGCCAAUUGGAUCCUGGUUCUCUUUGUGGCCACGUGGAGUGACAUGGGCUUCUGCAAGAAGCGACCAAAGCCUGGAGGAGGAUGGAACACUGGGGGGAGCCGAUACCCAGGACAGGGCAGUCCUGGAGGCAACCGCUAUCCACCCCAGGGAGGGGGAGGCUGGGGUCAGCCCCACGGUGGUGGCUGGGGACAGCCCCACGGUGGUGGCUGGGGUCAGCCCCACGGUGGUGGCUGGGGACAGCCCCAUGGUGGUGGAGGCUGGGGUCAAGGUGGUGGUACCCAUAAUCAGUGGAAGCCCAGUAAGCCAAAAACCAACAUGAAGCAUGUGGCAGGAGCUGCUGCAGCUGGGGCGGUGGUAGGGGGCCUUGGUGGCUACAUGCUGGGGAGUGCCAUGAGCAGGCCCCUUAUACAUUUUGGCAGUGACUAUGAGGACCGUUACUAUCGUGAAAACAUGUACCGUUACCCCAACCAGGUAUACUACAGGCCAGUGGAUCAGUAUAACAACCAGAACAGCUUCGUGCAUGACUGUGUCAACAUCACAGUCAAGCAGCACACGGUCACUACCACCACCACCAAGGGGGAAAACUUCACUGAGACGGACAUCAAGAUGAUGGAGCGUGUGGUGGAGCAGAUGUGCAUCACCCAGUACCAGAGAGAAUACGAGGCUUAUUACCAAAGAGGGGCAAGUGUGAUCCUUUUCUCCUCCCCUCCUGUGAUCCUCCUCAUCUCUUUCCUCAUUUUCCUCAUAGUGGGAUGAGGAAGGCCUUCCUGUUUUCAUCAUCUUAAUCUUCACCAGGUUGGGGGAGGGGGUAUCUACCUGCAGCCCUUUAGUGGUGGUGUCUCAUUCUUGCUUCUCUGUUCGUCACCUGUAGGUUAAUACCCUUAGCACUUACAGCACUGGGAAAUGGAAAGUAGAUCUGAAAUGCUAUUUAUUCAAGCCCCAUUUGAUUUAAUCCUUCAUAGGCCAACGCUAGUGCUGAGCUGGUAAAAGUGUAACAGCAAAUAAUCAUUGGUUGAUCUAGGCUUAUUUUUUGUCUAGUGCAACAGAUUGAGGCUAAAACAAUUCUCAAAGCAGUCUUCAAAUACCUUUGCCUAAAUACCUCCAGCUCCUUCUCCAGCUAGAGCUCAGUACACUAAUGCCCCAUCUUAGCAGUGAUUUUAUAGCAAUUUCCUCAUUUGUUUUAAGAAAACCUGACUGCAUUUCCCUGUUCAGACAGCAUUUCUGCCAAAUCUGGAAGGAGGCUGCAUAAUAUUCAUUCAAAAAAUAAAACUAGAAAUCCUUAGCUUGUGGGCCCAGGCUCAACCCGGUGGAAAGCAUGUGUCCUUUGUCUGCAGAGAACUGUAAGGAUGUUUUGCAUUUUGCAGUACGGGUUACACAGCAGCUAUUGCAUCAAGAAUGGAUAUUCGUGCAACACUAGACUUCAGGGCAGAGGACAUUUUCACAGGGAAUGAACAUAACUAACAUAAUAUGAAAGGCUUCUGAGACUAAAAAUUUCCAGCAUAUGGAAGAGGUGCCCUCGGAGACAGCCUCCCAUUUUGGAUGUUUAAAGCACCUUUAUGUGGUAUUCUUUUCUUUAGUAAUGUAAACUAUAGAUAAUGAAGAUACUUUAAUUAAACUACCUUCUGGACACUGAGAGCAAAUCUCUUUUGUUUGUGUACCUGGAAAGCAGAAUGAUUUUAACAUUGUUUGGAUGAAGCCAGGAGAUUUUAACAUAGAGGAAACAGCAGCUAUAAAAAACACGGUAUUCAGGUCCUUAGUUUCUGGAAUUGGCUUUUGAAUCAAAGAAUAGGGAGGCAUUCCAAAAGAAAAAUAGGUUAGAGAUGGUAGGAAUAUGAUCCAUUCAAAGUGGAAAAAGCAAUUCUGUUACCAUUAUUUAAGUAAGGUAAAAUUAUUCCCUGGGUUGUUCAAUAUUGUCACCUAGCAGAUUUACAUUACUAUUCUGCACUGUUAUUACUGGCUUGCACUUUGUGGGUAUCCUAUGUAAAAAAAAAAAAAAUUUAUAUAUAUAUAUAUAUACAUAUAUAUAUAUUGCAUAUGACAAAAUUAGAAAUUUUGGUUAGAGCGAUUAACAUCUGAACUAUCUAAUGCAUUACCUGUUUUUGUAAGGUACUAAAUACUUAAUAACACUUAAAGGAAACCCUUUUGUGUGGUCCUUAGGCUUACAAUGUGCACUGAAUAGUUUUGUAUAAGAAUACAGAGUGGUAUUUGAAAUACGCAUGUGCUUUAUAUUUUCUAUAUUUGUAACUUUGCAUGUACUUGCUUUGUUGUAUUAAAAGUUUAUAAGUGUUUAAUAUCUGACUAAUAUUAAACAGGAGCUAAAAGGAG